GUACAUUAAUAAUGAAUUUAUUGUUAGUUUAAUAAAAAAAACUUAUUAUAUAAUUAGAUGGACCAACAUAUUUCUCUAAUGAUUCUAAGAAUCAUCCUAGUGAUGACAUGUGGCUACAAAAAGAAGUUGUAAUGCUUCUCAAAUAAUAUAUAGGGGAUUAACAAAAAAUUAAUGCAACUGAAAAACACACCAUUAACAAAAAUUAAUGCCACACACCAUUAACAAAAACUUAAUGUUUCUAAAUUAAAACAUACUCCAUCCUUUUAGUAAAAAGAAUCGUUUAAGAUUUUUACACACGAAUUAAUAAAUUUUUAAAAAAUUUAUGUUUUAUUCGUAUUUAAUAUAAAUUUUUUUGUUUGGUUUUAUUAAUUAAUGAAUAAAAAUAAGGGUAAAUUUUGAAAAAAAAUGUUUAAAAUAUGCAUUAGAAAUCUAAAACGACAUUUAUAAUGAAGCAAACAUUAAAAGAUAAAAUGACAUUUAAUAUAGAAAGAGAUAAUUUAUAUAAUUAAGGUAUUUAAAACGUUCCCAAGCAAAAAAUUUUGUAUAGAAAAGGAUGAUUAUAAGUAAAGUCAGAUUAUGUCCUAAAAUGGCUGACAUAAGAACCCUUCGCCAUCAAUAGGAAGACAGCUGGUUGAAGAUGAAACCGAGUGAUACCAAGUUCAAAAAAACUAAACUACUAUAGACCAAAUUAACAAGAACGACUUUGAAUAUUAGACUGCGAUUUAAUAUAUGCUAGGGUGCGUAUUGUGACUCGGUGUAUAAAACCGCGUCUACUAGCUUCACACUUCUCGACUUUAAUAAACAAUAAUCCAAUCUGAUCGUAAAUAGCAAUCAUACUAUGCCACAUUCAUUUUAUUUGAUUCGACCGCACUAAUCUGACACUAGUACUUAUUCUACUCCAUUUAUCCAUAUUAUCCAUAUCUAUUUUCCGUUUAAAUCAUUUUGCAAGUUUCUAUGUCGUAUGUUUUGUUUCCUCUUCAUUCUUUUUUGUUUUUUCUUAAUCCUUAUUUCGAAUAGUCGAUGUAUACAGUAUGUACAAUUUAUCCAUUAUGUGUACAUAACGAUUAUAACUAUAGGGUGCAUGUGAGAUCUCAAUUAUGAGAAUUAUAGCAUGUGGGAUCAACCUCAGUGGCAUUCUGGUUUUUUUCCUGGUCUUGCGGUUGGAGUACUAAUAUGAGACCUAGACAUGGUCAUAUGUAAGAAACAAAAAAAUAUGAACCUUUUUGACGAAAUAUGAAUCUUUUUACUCAUGCCAUAAUGAUACAUAAUAAGCUACAGCUAGUUUUUUUUAAACUACAGCUAUUUUAAUGGCAUUAUGGCACAUCACGGUUUACUACACGAGCUGAACUACCAACACAAGUAAAAAUGUACGUAUAUAUUUUCAGACAUGUAAUAUUUUCUUUGUCAUUAAAGUACGUAUAUUUAUAUAUUAUACAUAAAAUUGUAACGUAACUGGUAAUUCGAAACUGAAUCAAACCAUUCUAUUAGUUAAGAAUUAGGGUUUGAUAUUUCUACUGUAAUUUAAUCCAUCUAUAUGAACCUUUAAGUAGCUAAAACUCCAGAUGUCCACAUGAUUCAAGAUUAGUAACACAGAAACACACAUAUUUCUAUAUAGAUAAGACAAGAAUGGACAGAAGUAAAUAUGAACAGAAAGGGGGAAGUAAUUACGAAACUGUAAUCAUAAAUGUAGGUUGAAAAUAUUAAAUCAUGCAAAGAAACAAUACUAAUUUAAAAAAUCAUGUUUUGGACCCAUAUCUUGGAUAUAUUUUAGAGCAAAUUAGCUCAAUAUACUAAAAAGAGUGAGAUACCAUUGAAUUGAAGGAAAAUUGUGUGUAGAAAAUACAAAUUCUCUAUAUUUUAAAGUGUUUUCAAACUUUCUCAGAUCAUUAGGUAUCAUGUAUUUCUCCCCAGUGGCAGAGGUACAUUGUAACCAGGGGGGUCACAUGACCCACAUGGAUUCUUCUACAAAAAAAAUUACUUGUAUAUUUCAUUUAAAAUAUAAUGGAAUUAUGCACAUUUAACAUGUUUGACCCCUGUAAAAUUUAGCUAUUGUCAAAUUGACCCUAGUAAAACAAAAUGCUGCAUCCGCCACUGUUUCUCCCUACAAAAGUAUAUAUAUAUAUAUGCUGGAAUUUUCUAAAUAAAAGGCUAUAGACUGACUGGUCAAUUAGUUAGAGCUCAUAUAGUUAGUUCGAACAAUGCUUGUAUAUAAUACACAUGUAACUAAAAUCAUAUAUAUUUUAGUGGGACGAUUUAUAUAUUUGACCGCAGCGGUAUAUAUUAGUAUUUUGAACAAAUUACAUUAUUGAUUUCUUCUAUUCGCAAAAGUGUGAUAUUUCUAGAAUUUUAACAACAUCAACUCAUUAAAGUUGAAGGGUGGUUAGAACUUUCAAAGAAUUAGCGAUAAAGCACAUGGAAAUUAACACUUCUUUUCCAAAAAGAUAAAUUGUUAUACACCAACGAUUCCCAUAAUCAAGUCUAGACCAAAAUAAAUUUCAAAACUUCUUUUACGUUUAAAUCAUGGGUUUUCUAUGCACUGAUAAUUGCUCACAUGUAUCAAUCAAGAAAUGUUCAUGUAAAAUUGUACAUAUAACACACUUUUCAGUAAAAUCUAUAAUGAAUAUCUCGUAAAAAAGAUUCGUUGGUAGCAUUAGUCGUCGUUGGUAAGUUUAAAGUCACAUCAGAGAAAAAUUAAUGUUGAAAAUUUGAUACCAUGAUAAUAUUAUUAAUUAUUAUUUAACAUAUAUGUUUGCUUUGUAAUUUUAUUCGCUAGUUAGUUACCCCACAGUAAGGGCCAAACUCUAAAAUGUUCUAGGUAUCUUCAUAUAUAGAUAUUGGUAUUAAUAUAGAGUAUUAUUACCCUUUCAUUUUUAAUAAGAUUAACUUCCCUAUAACAAUUAGGACCAAUUAUGUAAAAAAAAACAAUUAGGACCAAAUUGUUUUAGGAUUCUCUAGUCGUUAGUCAAUGUCGUGCCACGAAAGAACUCUAUAGUUAAGUAUUGUUAUAAAGUAGUUUUGGGAUUGAGUAGUGGUGUUUAUUUAAUAUGUUCGUGCCAACAACCCUAUUUUGUUUAUGUCAUUUUAAUUACAAUUCAGUUUUAUUAAGAUGUAUUUCUUUUUUACUGAAAUGAAGAUGUAUAUUAAAGAUACAGAUUUGCAAAACUCUUCAAUAUUAGUAGACCACACUCAAAAUUAAUGUCUGUUAUAAUUAAACAAUGGUCAUUAUUCAAAUAAUAUUUGUUCAUCAUCUUAUUCUUUAUUUAUAACACAAUUUUUCUAUACCUAAACUUUCCUUUACUUAUCAAUAAAUUUGACAUUACCAAAAAGGAACUAAUGAUAUUGAAAAUGUUGUCUAAAAUGAGUAUUUUCCUGCACUACAUUGAAGAAGUCAGUAAAUACGGAGGCCUACUUCAUUAUUGGAACCGUAUUCGGUAAUCAUCUUCUUGUAAAUGAAUCAUUCUUCUUUACUUAAAUUAAAAUUUUCUGUACUUCCGCAAAAAAACUUCUUACUUAUCAAUAAAUUUCACAUCACCAAAGAUAACAAAUGUGAUUGCGAAAUAUGGAGUAAAUGGAAGGAAACUAAAAAAGGUGAAAAUGUGAGGACAAAUAAAAAUGAGAAAAGGAAUAAAGUGGAGUAAAUAUAUUUCAUUUUGUUUGAGUUGAAAUAAAUUUAUUGUGUAUUAUAUACUCUUUUACAGUAACUAGAGGAAAUAGGAGAAAAGUUUGUAAUUAUUAUUUCUCCUUGAAUAUUUACUUUAAAUGUGACAUACACAUAUAGUCAAAGUCGUUAAUAUUAAGAAAGGGAAAUGUUGUGUAGAUUAAAAACUAUUUUCCAUAACAUAAACAUGAAUAUAAUAUGAUUGCUUUAAGGACAAAAACUACAAUCAAAACCCUUAACGACAAAAGAAUUCUUCUUAGUGUUCAAAAAAAAAAUAGAAUAAAAGUAAACACCACAUGUAUCUUAAUAUUCUCAUGACGUUAAUCACGGUUUCAAUUUUUUAAGAUAAAACUCUCUUAUUUAUAUGUCAAAUAGUGUCUAAUAUUUUUUUCAAAGCAAAUGACUGAACAAGUCCCUAUACAAUAAUGAUCAUUAUAAGAAUUUGAUGUAGCAAGAUAAGUCCUUGCUUAUCAAAGUUUCAAAAAAAAAAAAAAAUUCCUUACUUUUGCAUUCAGUAAUAUAAAUACUGGUAUAAAGUAGAAUGCAUUUUGAACCUUAAAAUGCUCCAGACGUCGAUAUGCUACUGUAUUCAUUUUCAAGUAUAUGGGUUUUUAAAAGAUAAACCUUCAAUAGAUUUUAAAUAUCGUAUUUGUCUUUGUUGGAAUCAGAUUUUUUUUAAAGUGUCUUCCCGUUUUUGCCAGAAAUUCAAAUAAUGUAAAAAGUCAUUUUAAACGAAAAUUAAAUUUGAGUAAUUAAGUGUCUAUUAGACAUUUUUUACCAUUAGACCAACAGCCUGUUGCAUCGUGUUGGAAUUUAGAAACCAUGCAAUACUAUAUAUACAUUCGUGCAUAUACUUAUUAUAUUUCUUUAUUCUAAACAUAAUUUGUAAAUAAAAUUUAAAAGCAUCUUCGGUUUCACGGAUUUGAAACGUUUAUGAAUUCUUUACUCAUAGAAUUAUUUUAGGCCUUAACUUAAAAAUUAUUAAAAUUUUGACAUAGGAAACUAUCAAAAUUCAGAAGUAUGCGUAUGCAUAUGAUAUAAAAACUGAGGUUCGUAUCUUCAUCAACGGCUGGUACUUGACGAUAUAUAGCAAUUUAACUUUCCGAAAUUUAAAAUUUAUCAAUGUUAAUGUAGGAACCUUAUUUUACUACCAUAGGACAACUGAUAUUUGUAAAGACUAAUAAGAACAUAAACUAAAGUUUCAAUACCAAAAUAUAAAAAUAAAGAAGAAUUGCAGAGUCGAGAUAGAUAAUCUCUUUCCUUAAAUCUUUAAACGCCCCGUAGUGUGACGGUUUUAUGGCGCUCAGAUUCCCAAGAUACAACUGCAGCAUUGUUUCUGUUUACCAUCACCGAAAAACAGAAUCUAUCGAACCUAUUUCUGUGAUGUACUCUCAGACUCAAAAAAAAAAAAAUACUAGCAUAACUAUUCUGAGUGGGAGAAAUGUUUCUUGAUUGUAUGAAUGUGUGUAUUUUCUAAAUGGCUCACAAGCCUUUAUAUAGAAAUAUAAUGAGAAGCACAAGUUUCAUUUUUCAACACAAAAAUGAAACCUCCAUAGUACACUAAUGGAGUUUUUAAUUCUUGUCAUUAUUAUGUGAAUUUAUUCCACAUUUUGACCAAGAAAUUAAAGAAUAAAAUUAUUAUUGUUUUGACCAAUUCAAACAAAAUAAUAUACUUUAAAAUGGAUUUUUUUUUAUAUUUUAUCAAUAUAAAAGAUCAACAUAUAUUUGGUUUAUAAGAUUAAGUCAAUGAACAUGAAGUCCAACUAACAAAUCAAAAAACCCAAAUCCAAUUUCAAAUAUCCAAUGUGUGUAUUUGCUACUUUAUACAAGUUUUUCAAAUCACACACAUUAGACCUCCAUUUCUCAUUCAAAUAAAACUUCUUUUUUGACAUAUGAAUACAUUAUUCAUAAUGUUCAAAAAAUAGUUCCAACAAUCCCCCACAUGAAUAGAAAUGACUCUAGACACUAGACGACUCGACAGACUUUCUAGACAAGACUCAACUUCCUAGACAAGACUCGACAAGACCUAACUAAGGACUUUUGAGAGUACAAACGAAAAAUCCACUGCAUGAUGAGUUGGUAGCAAUUUUUCAGCCUUGAACCAGUCAUUGUUAAUAGCUAUCGGAUUUACUCGGCCAGGAGGUGGCCAUGAUGUCUUGAACCUCCCGGGCUUUGGUGUAAACCUAGACAAUAGCCAUAACACAGCUUCAUUCUCUCACAGAAUUAGGUUCUCUAUUGUGUUCAUUUUGGCCGUGAACAGUCUUGGUUAAUCAUGAGUGAACUUGGAGAAUAUAGCCUUUCCUUCAUUCUCCUAGAAACGGCCCCAUUUCACACUCACAAGGUGAUUUGCCAUUAACUUUGUUUAGAGGAGUAUCAUGUACUACUCCAUUCAUAUCUCAAAGCUAUGGACACAAAUCAUUAAAAGCUAAUGCUUAUCCUGUAUUCCUUACAUGUAGCACUGUUUAAUCAUCAUAGGAAUUGGGUAUAGACCGAAGUCUUACAGUGCUUUGGGCAGACUUAGUUUCACUUAGUUGUCUCCUUGAACCUAUUUCUUGGGAUCUCCAGUCAGUUAGGUAGAGUUACCGCGAAACCUCAUCUUAAUUCACAGGCGACCCAUUCCUUUUGAUGAUAUAACAAUUUGAUCUCAUGACACACCUUUAAUUAAAGGAUCCUAGGUUGUCACCAUAGUGAACAUAAUCUCUUGAGAUUAGUCGAGAUCAAUUGUCUAAUGAUUUUUGUCAUCUUUUAUUCAAGAUACAAUUAACUAUUAUACACAAAACUCAGUGUAUGACACUAGUUUGUUUUUUUUUAAUAAAAAAAAAUAUAUUGUGAUAACUAUCACUAAGUUCAUUUGGCCUCUUGCCAACGACUUUAUAUGGUAAGCAAAGCUUCCCCCCACAUUUCUUGAGAUAGCUCAAAACAUGCAUAAUUACAUUUAACAUCUCUUAAGAGUUUAGAAAAUUAAUCUACAACUCCUUUAGUUUUAAAUGAAUUAAAAGCAAUUUCAAAAAUUAUUACAAUUUUCUUGAAAAAUGUGUUUCAUUCUUAGAAAUUCACAUUUUACAUACAACUAUUUUCAUAAUUCUGUCAAGUUAAUUAAUAAAUCUAACUUGUAUGUUUUGGAUCUUUUCCAAACACUUUUUUAGCAAAUAUACAUAUCAUUACAAGAUAUUAUUUUUGCCAUCAAACCACACAAUUUUAUAUGAUUAUUCUCAACCAUAUUGACUUUAGAAACAACAAUACACAUGUCAGUUUCAGUCACAUUGGUCUAAAAAUUCUCAUUGUUUUUUGCAUGGUCAAUCUUCUUGUAACUUGCAUUUAAGCAUUGAUGAAAUAUAAAUGUUUUUGAUCAAUAUCAACAAACAUUUUAAUUUCCUAUGGCAAAUGAUUUAUAUGUGGCAGACCUCUCCCAAACUUAAUUUGGGGUGUCGACUCACAACCAUUUCCAUCCAUAUAACAUGAUCCCUUAAGAAUCAAAAUAUUGUAUAUGACUAUGGUUUCACCAUAUUUGAAACUUGAAUCAUUGUUCUUUUCUCAUAGUCACACAUUUACUUAAUAAUUAAAUUAAGUUAUUCCAAGAAAAGAAAUCUGAAACAAGAAAUCAAAACGUUAAGCAUUCUUUAUAAUUAACGCAAAUAAUUAUCUUUAGCCAAGUCAAAGCAUUAACAGAUUUUGAACAAAUAAAUUAUUUGAUCAUGUAAACUGACGAAUUUGAUCACAACUAAAUGCAAAACAAAUACACAAAGUAAAUGCAUUAAAAGCUUUAAAAAAAACCACAAGAACAAACGCUCCACAGUUGCUAAUAUAUGCAAGAUCAAACGCUUGAAUUUUGAUAAAAACCAGUCGUAUAAGCAUGAUUAGAUCAUACAAGUCACACUUUUGUUUCAAAAUAAUUUUAAAAAUCAAGCGAAAGUGCAACACGACGGUUUCAACACGUCAAAAGACAAAUCAAAUCAAAUUGUUUUUUUUUUCUUUCAGAAAAUCUGUAACUAAUGAUCAACGCUUGAUGAUAAAGAAGAUUCACAGAAAAACAAUAGCUAAGAUUAUUAUAAGAAAUCCCUGCGCAUGAUCGAUCUGAAAAGAUCAUAACAAUUGCUUUUUCAUCACCAUGAAUUCUCGAAUUCCUGUUUUUAUGAUAACCAAGAUCCGAUUCCAGCAUCUUUAACCUGUUCUUACAAAUAAAAAACUUUUAACAAAUAUCAGUAUUGUUAGUGCAAAAGCAUAAACAAUAUUUAAAGAUUUAAGAAUGUAGGAACCUUAUUUUACUACCAUAGGACAACUGAUAUUUGUAAAGACUAAUAAGAACAUAAACUAAAGUUUCAAUACCAAAAUAUAAAAAUAAAGAAGAAUUGCAGAGUCGAGAUAGAUAAUCUCUUUCCUUAAAUCUUUAAACGCCCCGUAGUGUGACGGUUUUAUGGCGCUCAGAUUCCCAAGAUACAACUGCAGCAUUGUUUCUGUUUACCAUCACCGAAAAACAGAAUCUAUCGAACCUAUUUCUGUGAUGUACUCUCAGACUCAAAAAAAAAAAAUACUAGCAUAACUAUUCUGAGUGGGAGAAAUGUUUCUUGAUUGUAUGAAUGUGUGUAUUUUCUAAAUGGCUCACAAGCCUUUAUAUAGAAAUAUAAUGAGAAGCACAAGUUUCAUUUUUCAACACAAAAAUGAAACCUCCAUAGUGCACUAAUGGAGUUUUUAAUUCUUGUCAUUAUUAUGUGAAUUUAUUCCACAUUUUGACCAAGAAAUUAAAGAAUAAAAUUAUUAUUGUUUUGACCAAUUCAAACAAAAUAAUAUACUUUAAAAUGGAUUUUUUUUUAUAUUUUAUCAAUAUAAAAGAUCAACAUAUAUUUGGUUUAUAAGAUUAAGUCAAUGAACAUGAAGUCCAACUAACAAAUCAAAAAACCCAAAUCCAAUUUCAAAUAUCCAAUGUGUGUAUUUGCUACUUUAUACAAGUUUUUCAAAUCACACACAUUAGACCUCUAUUUCUCAUUCAAAUAAAACUUCUUUUUUGACAUAUGAAUACAUUAUUCAUAAUGUUCAAAAAAUAGUUCCAACAGUUAAUUGCUAUAAAACUCGUGCUAUAACUAAAAUGCGAUAACUAAAAGUCUCCACCAAACAGAUUUUUACUAAACGCUACCUCGCAGUCUCACAUGUUAUGAAUUCGUCUGUUAUUGAGAAAUUCUUCUUUUUUUUGUUAGAGGUGUACUGACAUUAUAUGCUUCUGAUGAACCACUCAGAAAUACGUUUUACACUAUACUAUCCUUUCUACAAAAAAUAGAAAAGAAAAGACCUCAAAAAUCAGAAAUUCUACCAUUCCGAAGUAUUAAAUCACAACAGUUUUCUUAUUAAAUUAAUAAAUAAAAUGUAUUUUAGAACUCAUAGGUGGUUACAAAUAUGACUCGACAAUCAAUACAAAAAAAUGCUGGAAGUAUUGUGCUCAACCAGAUCUGUGAAGACAAGAUACAUUUUGAUACUCACUUCCACAUUGAUUAAUUGUAAGUUUGUCAUCACAUGGCUACGUUUCUGUCAAAUCAUUCUUGAUGCCACCGUUUUAACCUGGAACUUGUUUUGGCAGACUUGACUUUUGUUGCCAAAAUCGCCAAGCAGUCAGUAGCCAUCAAUUAUCAAUUACUUUUUUUUUGCAAAAAAAAUUAUCAAUUUCGUUUUCCAGGUUUCCAAAUAUCAUGUGUAUCAUUUCUUUUGAUAAAAUAUCACUUUUUAAAAGAAAAACAGAUACUUUUUAAUAUUUAAAAGAAACGAAUAUGUGAACAAUCUAUCUUUAAAUUUGAAAAAACAUUGUUCAUUACUUCAUUUUAAGCAAAAAAGUAUGAUCUAAGAGAAAUCUUCUUCAAAAUAAAGCACUAUUUUUUUUUUUGCAACCAAAUAUCACUAUUUUAUAUUCGAUUUCAAAAACAAGAUGAUGAAGUAGCAAAAUUUAACUUUUGAGUUAAAAUAGAUCAUACUAUAUAUUGUUGUAAAAAGAAACUACCAUACGUCAUUCAUUUUCUAAUGGUGCUUUUAACAAUAGGUCGGGAGAACCCACGGUGGCGUAAUUCAGACAGCAGCCUCCAACAACUAACUUAGCCCUUUCCUCAUGUGUCUUGUCCUUUUCUCUUCAUUUGUUUUGUUCUGUGUUUUCUUGCGAGACAUAUAUAAUAAAAUCUUCAUUACUGUUUUCGCUUGUUUUUAUUCUAGUUAGAAUGGUGGCAUUACUUCAUCAUAAACUAAGAUGCUUUAUCUUGGAAUUUUCUCCUAGCAAGAUGCUCUUAUAGGUAGGUAUCAAUGAAUAUAUUUGCAUAAGAGUAUAGAUUUACCAACAAAAAAAAGAGUAUAGAUGCAUUAAGAUCAGUUAACUGACAAGUUUGGAGAUUUACCAGUUGAUGCGGUUAGAUUUUCAUAAAUUUGUACGAAGAAAAUCCCCCCAUGAAUAAUUAUCCGCAAAAAGGGACAAUAGGAGAAUCCAAAAAAAAAAGAAAAAAGAAAAAAGAAAAAAAAAACAAAAUCAGCUUCGGUAUACGUUACUUUACGAUGUUCAUAUAUAUGCUUCUGUGUAAAUUAUUACUAUGAUUUUUAAAUGUCUUUAGAUGUGUUUAGAUGAUUACUUACAUAUAUGAUGAUCUAAUAAUAUUGUUCUAAACACGUAACAUGAAUGUGGAAGCCGUGUGGCAGUAGAAUUAGGUAUAAAUUUUGAUAUUUAAAAGUUUGUAAUUUUUUGCAGAUUAUAGAAUGUAAGAUUAACGAAAGAUCAAAUUAUUGUAAGAACAACCGUUCGUUAUGGUAUUACGAAAUAAUAUGUCCAUAAAAAUGUCAAACAUGUAAAAUUUAUCGUGAUUUGUAAUAAAAAUAGAAAUUAUCACGUCAUAUUUUCGACGAACAAGUAGAUGUUUUGAGUUUUACAGUUCUUCCUACUUGGUUAUUAAAAUUUUUGUAUUGGCCAUAUACAUUAUAAUUAUCAGUGAAACGUUGUUCAAAAAAAAAAAUUACAUAGUGAUGUAUUCAGUGUAGAAAAACGAGUAAUAUUAAUAUUAUUUUACGGUAUUGAAAAUUUAAUAUGAAGAACUACCUUCGACAGAAAGAAUAUGUCCAAAGAAUCAAGGCGCACGAAGUUUAGUUUAUCACAUGAAGUUGACUAUUUAUGUAAAAUUGUUUUAUUAGAUAAAGAUAUUCUUACAAUUUUUGAGAAAAUGCUUUCAAAGAACAAGGUUACAGUCUAUUAGGCAGUGGGUUGCAAACCAUUAUAGCCCAGAACAUAUUUAGUUGUCCAGCCCAUGACAUAAUUAAGAAAGAAAGAAGUUGAACGAGACAAAUCCUCUCAUACCCCUAUGUCUCAUAACAUAAUCUCAAAAGGACCUUUUUGUUCUUUUAAUUUUAUAUGUCAAACGAAAAAUCAUAAAAUUAAAAUGGAAACGUUAAUAUUUUUAAUUUGAUUUAUACAAUUUGAUAAAAAUAUUUCAAAAAUCCAAAAACGUUGUUUUCCUUAUUUUCAAAAAAAUCAUCAAAAUAUGAUUAAAACCGAUUUUAAAAUAUAUUUUUUUGAAUUUGAAAUGUAUAGAAUUUAAAUAUUUGCCCAUGGGUUCACUAAUCCAUAGGAGGGGUUAGGGUUUAGUUUUGAUGACCGGGAAGGAUUUAAUUUAAGAGUUUGGAUUUUAAUUAAAAAAAGAAUUAUGAAAUAGGGGCAUAGGAGACUCUAAGAGCCCAUAGGAGAUUUGGCCCAUAGAAAGUAGGGGCACGCGAGAAGUUGGCUCAGUUGAACCAGCGAUGAAGGUACAGUGACAUCGAUGAAGACAUGCAAGCUCCUCAAGAAAAGUAAAGAAAUUCUUUACCCGAUUGUGAUUGAGAUAUCUGUGAGGUUGUUGUUGUCCGUAUACAAAAAUCUCUGAGGUUGUAGCUGUGUUCCAGUGGUGAAGAGAGGAGAUAUGAUUCCUCAAGAUUGAGUCAAUGAUAGAUAGACAGAGAGUAGAUAAUCCGCCGGUCGGAAGACAUUCUAUGAAGGCAAUUGUUGCUUUUGGUCUAGAGACAGUAGAUGGCACACUGCCAUGCCAAGAAGCCAACUUUUCGUUGAGGAGGAGAAUAGGGAGUAUUGAGAAGCAUUAUAGGGAAAAAAAAUCGUCUUUUAAAAAAAUAAUAGGAUAUAACCAUCACAACAUCAUUACUUUUCGGCCAAGGUAAACAUAAAAAAUCCUAGAAAUAUAUUAACUUAGUUAUUAAAUUUACUUGUUUUUUGUCAUGAAAACUAUGAACAAAAAUGGAAGAAAAGUUACCACUUCGAUUUGGUUGAAUCUUUGUUACUCCAAUAUGAACUAAAUGGAAACAAACUUAAAUCCAGUUGAAAACGAUGCCAUAUAUUCCUUAAGCGUUUCACCAAGAAAGAAAUAUCAGAAAUUCGUAAUACAUGACUAACCGAAUUUCUCAAAUUGAGAAAAGAAAGAUAUUGAUGGGCAACAAACUUAACUAGCUCCUCCACACAUAUAUAGAUUGAAGAGAGAUUGAAUGGGCCAACUCAAUAGGCCUAAUAGUAUCCAACGCAAGUAGCAUAUAUUUGGUGCAGACGUCUCAAUAAAGAUUUGGCAUAUAUGCUGAGGCAUAAACUUGAUAUCCAACUUAUAUGUAAAUCUAUAAUGGCUCCCAACCAAAUUUCAUUCAUUUAUAUGUGGCAUGAUCAUCGACUAAUUGCAUAUCGUAGAAAAACAAAUUUAAAUUGCCAAAAAAUUUAGUGAUAUGAAAUAAUAAACUGCAACCGUGAUUCAAUGCAAAUCUCAGGUAGCAGAUCGCGGUAGGUCAAAACCGACCACUCAACUGAAAAUCGGAAUCACAAUAGCUAUUAAAAUAUCUAGCUAUAUAUUUAUUUUGUUUGGUUGAUACUUGAUAUGGUUGAUUGGGAAACUACCACGUUAGGUUUGGAGAGAGAUGGGACCGGUUAUAUAAUAGAGGGAGCAGAUGCGUGGAAGAGGUUUGACGAAAGAAACUUUCCGAGAGAUCAUCUUCUGAGCUCUGAUCAAUCUAUAUAUAUAUAUUUAAUUUACUACACAUUUCUCUUUCAUUUUCUGUCUGGAGAAACCAUUGUCGAUGUUAUAUACAUGUAUACAAACAUAUAAAUAUAUACAUUAUACAUAAUACAUGCAUGAAUAGUUAAACAUGUAUUUCCAGAAAAGGCAAGUUGUAUCUUUUAAUAAUGCAAUUUAAUGCAAAUAGCCUGUAUUAAUAUAUUAAAAAAACUUACACUUGUUGCACACAAAAAAAAACUUGCACUUGCCAAAAGUAAAUGUUAAAAAGCGAGUCAGUACAAAAGUAUAGUCCACUUGGCAAUAUUAUAUCCAUCCCACUUGGCCUUUUUCUUCUGACAAAGCAGCCUUGAGAGCUCACCCUGAUAACAUGGCUUCAUCAUAGUCACUCCUUUGAUUUUUGGGGUUUGCCUACUUGUCAUUAUAAAAAGUAUACAAUUACAAUAUUGUUGGUCGUAUAAUUUAUAUUCCAUCUGUCCACAAAAGUAAAAAAAACUUUUAAAAAAAAUUGUUUCAUAAAAAUAAAUUUUCUAUAUUAUUAAUGUAUUUUUUUAUACUUUUGAGAAACAUUAAUUGAAAAUAUAUAAAUUAGUUAAAUUUUAUUGGUGAAAAAUUAUUAAAAAAUAUAUAAUAAAAUAAAAAUAAAUUAAAUUAUAAAUAUUUAUUAAAUUUUUAAUAAGUAUGUAUAUUUUAAAAAAUCUUAUUUUCGGGAGUAUUAUUUUUGGGCAUUUUCCAAUGAAAUUGCAUCCGGACGGUUUAUUUUCCACUGUAAUCCAUGUGCGACCAGCGAGCCCAAGAAAUUUUACCCCUCUUGCAUUAUUAUAUAAACAUAUACAAUAAUAGUAAUAAUAAUUGGAAUUCGAAUAGUGAAUAUUAUUUAGAUUCUUUUCAUGAAUCGUUAUUCUCUGUCAAAUGGGAGAUAAAUAAAAUCUAGUUGAGACAAAGGAAGAGGUCCUCGACUCUCGAACAAAGACGCAUUCUUUUCUAUUUUGUAUAAAUACAUUUAAAAAACCACACUGGCUAUUAAAUACUGAGAUAACUAAGUACGAGUUUUAACCCUACAUUGCAUUACAUAUAUUUCUCUCUCUUUCUAUCUAAAUUUGUUGAUGGAAGAGGGGACUGGUUUUCCUCUAGGGCGGCCAAACGGAAGAUACGGCGGAGGAGGUGAGCGAGUGCCGUCAAGGUUGAAGUCGGAGCUGAGAUUUUCCGGCGGGGGAAGUAAUAGCCAUCAAGAACAUAACUCGGAGGUGGAAGGGCCUUCGGCUAUAAACGGUGUCGCAUCGACGAGUAUGAGUUUUGGAAAUGAUCAUGAUAACUGGGACAACUCGCCUUCUCAUAUCAGUUUCACCAUUGAUGAACCCGGAAAACGGUCCAAGACCACCGACUUUUUCACCUUAGAAACUCCGUUUAGCAUGCCACAAACGUCACUGGAGAUGGAGAGUUUGAUAAACAUCCCAGAGGAUUCGGUACCUUGGAAGGUUAGGGCCAAGCGUGGCUGUGCUACUCACCCGCGCAGCAUCGCUGAAAGGGAGAGAAGAACGAGAAUAAGUGGGAAGCUGAAGAAGCUACAAGAACUUGUGCCCAAUAUGGAAAAGCAAACGAGCUAUGCAGACAUGUUGGAUUUGGCUGUUGAGCAUAUCAAAGGUCUUCAACACCAUAUAGAGUCGCUGGAAAAGGGGAUAGAGAGAUGCACUUGCGGGGCAUGCAAGAAGCGAUGAUGAAUGAUAUGAUAUGUUUCCAAACAUGAUCCAAGAGAGUAUAGAAGAAAAAGACACUAAGUGAAUCAAUUCAAUGACAGAAAGAAUCAAAGAACACAACAGCUAAAUUUUUUUUGUUAUAUACAUGAUUUUGGAGGUCCAAAGAAAGUGAUGGUGAUAAAUUAAUGAAGUCUGGCUUUGGUACAUU